AUGGGCCUGCGCAAGAAGGAAGCAGAUGUGAAACAUCGUGUUCACGAACACUACUACAGUCAUGCAAAGGAGUCUGCCGACAUACAUAUCAUCGAGAAUGUCACAGAAUACCAAUUGCAAGACUAUGUUGAUCUUCACUUUGGGAAUGUGGGUUGGGAUUCUCGGAUUGUGAAGCUGGAUCCACGGUGCUUCGGCUAUGGAUGCGCUCGCCCAAGGAUUUAUGGGAUCAUUUGGAAUGUGGCCUACAUGGGCCAAUGGAACCCCGACUUUCCAUUCCUAGAGGUCUUAUCAGCUUUGCAGGAGGCCAAUCUGAAGGACUAUUGCACAGACUUCCCGAGGAAUGGCUGGAAAGUCUGCGACUUGAAUCAGAUGGUGCGGAACUCACGUGGGAGGACGGAGUGCAAAGAUGGCUCCCUCAUGACUUUGACAACGAAUAGUGGAAGUUUGUUCAGCAAGGCUUCACGACGAGUCAUGGAUCCGGUGGAGCUGUUCACUACGCACGCCUUGCCUCUGACAUCUGACCAGAGCGAAGCUGCUGGAGCACCCCCACUGGGCGUUGCUUCUGCCUCCAAAACUGCAUCUGUGAGGAUGGCUGGGAACGCUAUGUCCCUCCCUUGUGUGGGGGCCAUCAUCGUGGCAGCAAUCCUUGGACUCAGUUGA